AGUCCAAGGAUGCCAAGUCGUGACGAGUCAAAAAACGGCAAAUGCUGGCCGUCAGACUCGCUGACCGGUGUUUGUCCUUCAAGUGUAUAAAGGCAGCUGGAAAAGUCGGCUUGAAGGCAUCAGACAUUACUCGCCUGUUUUGGAAUCUCCUCAUCUGAACAAUAUGCACGCUUCAUUCUUCACCGCCAGCCUCGUUGCGCUCGCUGCCAUUGCCUCAGUUGUGUCUGCCCAGAGUAUCCUCCCCAAAGAUUGCGACCGUAAUGUAACUGUUCGAGCUAUGGAUACAUGUGACGGAAUCUCCGCAGCGCAGAGCGUUUCAACAUACCAGCUAGCGGCAGUCAACGAUGGAACCAUUGACCCCGGUUGUGAUAAUUUGUUUAUCGGACAAAUCAUAUGCCUUGGACUCAGCGGCCAGGAUUGUGAUGUUACCCAUGUUAUGGAGGCGGGCGACACGUGCCAAAGCGUUGCCGAUGCGGCUGGCAUCCCGAUCAGCACUUUGCUCGCGAACAACCCGAACGUGAACAGCAACUGCGAUAACGUGUACCCUGGCGAGGUUCUCUGCACUGCGAGCAAGAUCUAUGUGAAGACCGCCUAAUCAAAUUGAGCGAAUAUGUAUUCCUGAGAAAUUGAUUUGAACAGGACGGCAAUAGAAUGGCGUAUGAACUGGUUCUCUAAAAGUAAGGGAGAGACGAUACGUACCCUUCAGUCAUUUACACUGUAUGUCCCCAGGAAAGAUAAAUGCGCACGGAGCUCCCUAGGUCAAUUUCAACCUGUCUCCGUGAGAGUAAGUAGCACUGGGGCACACAUAGACCACUUACUCAGCGUGUAGCCCUUCGUGUGCUUCUAUAAGUACCUCAAGAUACUGUGGAUAUUUGCUAGCCACGUGUAAUUAAUGGAUGAAUCGAAGGAGCGGGAGGAAGGGAUAGACAUGGUGAAGGUAAGUCAGAACAA